AUGGCCCUCCUCCCUCAGACGAUGCGCUCUCUCGUCGCGCCAAAGCACUGCAGCCCAGCCGGCUGGGAAGUAGCUGAGGUGCCGGUGCCGACCAUUACUAGCCAGACAGACGUUAUAAUUCGGGUGAAAGCUGGAGCUAUAAUGAUGGGCGACUGCCAGAGAGCCAAGGGUUCCCCAAUCGUUGCACUACGCAAAGAAAGUUUUCCCAUCAAAAUUGGCUGCGAGGGCUCAGGAAUCAUCGCAGCUAUUGGCAAGGAGGUCAAAGCCCUCAAAGUAGGCGACGCAGUGUACGGGCUAUGCUUCACCCGACCGGCCUUCAGCAUCCCCGACCCAGGCUUCUGCUCCGAGUACGCCGUUGGGCCAGAGAGGCUUUUCCUGCCCAAACUACCACACAUGAGCUUCGAAGAGGCUGCUUCUCUUUUGGGGUACACCGUCACGGCAUACCAGACCAUUAGACGCGGGCUUGCCAUGGCAGGAGAGGAAUCGCUGGAAGGCAAGACCGUCUUCAUUCCCGGUGCCCUGAGCGGUGGAGGCUUCAGCGCGAUCCAGGUUGCCAAGAACGUCUUUGGCGCCAGCAAGAUUAUUUCCACAGUUUCAACUCCUAAGAUGAGCCUUGUGGAGCAGUACCUGCCAGGGAUGGUUGAUCAGCUGAUUGAUUACACCACCACCGACGUCGGUUCUGUGGUACCCAAAGGAAGCGUGGACUUCAUGUUCAACACGCAGUGGAAUACUCUCGGUCCCGGAAUACCCCUUCUCAACCCCGAGACGGGCACAAUCAUGUCUAUCGCAUCUAUUCCUCCGCCAGCUUUGACGAAAGAGCUCCUGGGAGCCGCAAUGGUUCCCUUCUGGGUUGUCUGGGUGCUGAACUUAGCCCAGCUGUGGUACUCGUUCUUGUUACGCGGCACGAAUAUCAAGCACGAAUUCGUGUCUGGCAAUCCCGAGAUCAGGGAAGACUUGGAAAAGGCCGGUGAGCUUAUCGCUACUGGCAAGGUCAAAGGCGUCUUUCGAGUGGUGGACCUGGCGGACUUGAAGUCGGUGAAGGAAGAGUGUGAGAAGGUGAACAGUGGCAAGGGAGGUAUCGGGAGAUGCAUAAUAAGAGUCGACCCCUGA